UGUUGUCCGUUCCGUAAGUUUAAAAACUUAUUAGUUGUCUGCUGUAUGCUUUUGCGUUUUCAUUAGGGUUUUACAUUUCUUAACAUUUCAACUGUCUCUACCCAGUACUAAAUCAUGAGUCGUCAUCCCGAGGUGAAAUGGGCUCAAAGAGCUGAUAAGGUUUUCAUUACGGUGCAAUUAUCCGAUUCGAAGGAUGCAAAUGUCAAUCUUGAGCCGGAGGGAGUGUUUAGUUUCUCUGGUACUGCUGGAACCGGCAAUACCCAUUAUGAGUUGAAGUUGAAUCUUUACGAUAAGGUCAUUGUGGAGGAAAGCAAGAUAAAUGUAGGUGUAAGGAGCAUAUUCUGCAUCUUAGAGAAAGCUGAGAAAGUGUGGUGGAAAAAAUUACUCCGCGGGGACGGCAAGGCACCCCAUUAUGUCAAGGUUGACUGGGACAAAUGGGUGGAUGAAGAUGAAGACAAGGGUGCUGGCGAUCUUGACUUGGGAGGAAUGGACUUCUCGAACUUCGGCGGCAUGGGCGGCAUGGGUGACAUGAUGGGGGGAAUGGGCGGCAUGGGUGGAAUGGAUGAGUUUGAAGACAGUGAUGAUGAAGGGCAAGAAGCAACAAAGCCAGCUGACAAGGCCGAAGGAGAUGCAAAGCUGGAUGAGCAUGGUGCAGGAACUUCGGAGAAAAAGGAAGCUGAAGCAAGCACAUGAAAUCAGUUUAACUGAAAAUUGAAAAGCUGUUUAGCUAUAUUUUUCGUUUUUCGUAUCUUGGACAGGAAUGAAAGCCUGAUGUGUUUUUAAGUGCGCGAGAUUAAAAAUUUGGUUAAACCGGGAA